AUGAAUGUUUUCAUCAAUGACAUUUCUGAACUUGUUGUCAACGCAACUAAUGCUCAUAGAGUCAGUCAUAGGGAUGUAAAGAAAAAAGGCUGCAAGGUUGCUCUUUGUAUUCAGUCGGUGGUAGAUGCGGUGAAUUUUGAUUGGAUUGCCCAUGUUGAAUCGACGAACGGGGCAUGGGAUAUUUUUGUCAAGUAUUAUGAAGGAGCUAUUCAAGAAUCCAACAAUCUUGAAACCCUAAAACUGGAAGAUUUGGUUUGUUCGAAAGGAAAGGGGUUCAAGAUUCAAUACAGGCACUGCAGGCUCAGACAUGGAAUAAGCAUGAAAGAUAAGAGAGCGACAAAAGGCAAGGAAGAAGGAGCGAACCUUGCAUGCCAUGAUGCAGAUGAUUAUGAAGAUAUGGUGGUUAUGGAUGCUAUUGCAGAUGAGCAUGUCGACACCAAAAUCGGGUUUCUCGACACUGGCUGCUUUAAUCACAUGCUUGAUAGAAAAGUGUGGUUAACAUAUUUCGACGAGUCGAAGAAGAGCAAGGUCCAACUUGAAGAUAAUAGCUCGUUUGAAACAGAAGGUAUUGAUAACAUAACUAUUCAAAGGAGAAAUGGAGCAAAAGCAAGGAUCAAAGAUGUACUCUAUGUACCUGGAAUAAAGUGCAAUUUGAUAAGUGUUGGACAACUGUUCGAAAAAGGUUUCUUGGUGCUUAUGAAAGAUGGAGCCUUGGAACUCUAUUCGACACUCAGACUAAUUUGGUAUUGA